UGCACGUGCUGUGCUGCCAUGACGACCAUGGCCCCUCCCCUCACGUUUUCCUCCUGCUCCUGCGAUUGGCUCACAGUUCUUUUCCAGAGGAGCCUGGUCCGCUCAGCUACGCUCCCUUAGAGGUGGUGAGGAGGUAUCCUGUGUUUGUGGGUAGAGCGCAUCGUUCCUCUCAGAGACAGGAGCUGCACAUUCAGACAGUGCUCCAGGUCAACCGCACUCUCUACAUAGGAGCCAGAGAUGAUCUAUACAGAGUGGAGCUGGACAAUAUGUCAGGGGAUGAAAUGUUCUACAGCAAGAAGCGGACGUGGGAAUCCAAUAAGAACGACAUUCGAGUCUGCAGGAUGAAGGGCAAACAUGAGGAGGAGUGUCGUAACUUCAUCAAGGUGUUGUUGAGUCAACAUGGAGGACUGUUUGUGUGUGGAACCAAUGCCUUCAACCCUUUGUGUGCCAACUACACUAGAGACUCUUUGGAGAUGGUGGGAGAAACGUUCAGUGGGAUGGCUCGGUGCCCUUAUGACCCCAGACACGCCAACGUGGCUCUGUUCGCAGAGGGCAGUCUCUUCACUGGUACUGUAACAGACUUCCUGGCGAUUGAUGCUGUGAUCUAUCGUAGCCUAGGCGUCAGCCCCGCUCUCCGCACUGUCAAACACGACUCCAAAUGGUUCAGAGAGCCCUUCUUUGUGAGUGCAGUUGAGUGGGGGCCUCACAUCUACUUCUUCUUCAGAGAAAUGGCCAUGGAGUUCCAUCACCUGGAGAAGGUGAUGGUAUCUCGUGUGGCGCGGGUGUGUAAGGGGGACCUGGGGGGCUCUCAGAGGGUGUUGGAGAAACAGUGGACAUCGUUCCUGAAGGCCAGACUGAACUGUUCUGUCCCAGGAGACUCCCACUUCUAUUUCAACCUACUCCACGCCACCAGCCCCAUACUCAACAUGAACGGCAGAGACGUCAUACUAGGACUGUUCUCUACACCGCCCAACAGUAUCCCGGGGUCUGCAGUGUGUGUGUUUGACAUGCAGCAGUUGGCCAGGGUGUUUGAGGGAAGAUUCAAGGAGCAGAAAUCUCCAGAAUCCAUCUGGACGCCCGUGCCUGACGAACUUGUGCCCAAACCCAGGCCGGGUGGCUGUGCUGUGCAGGUGCAGGGGUCUCCGUUCAGCUCGUCUAAAUCUCUGCCGGAUGAAGUGCUGAACUUUGUAAAGACUCAUCCCCUGAUGGACGAGACCAUACCCUUGGUUGGGCACAGACCUUGGGUCAUCAAGACUAUGGGCAGGUACCAGUUGACAGCAAUGGUGGUGGACACAGAGGCUGGUCCCCAUAGGAACCGUACAGUGUUGUUCCUGGGCUCCACGCGAGGGACCGUCCUGAAAUUCCUCAUCCUCCCCAGCGGAGAAAACUCUCCCACACACAGCAAUGUGUUUCUGGAGGAGGUGGAGGGAUUCAACCCUGAGAAGUGUGGAGAGGACUCUGUCCAGGCUAGACAGUUGUUGUUUCUGUCUCUGGAUCGUCCCAGUCACACUCUGCUGCUGGCCUUCCCCUCCUGUCUGGUCAGACUGCCCACAGCACGCUGCCACCUACACUCACGCUGCAUGAAGAGCUGUCUGACCUCCAGAGACCCCUACUGUGGCUGGACCAGAGGCAGCACCUGCUCCUUCCUCAGACCAGGCACACGGCUUCCUUUUCAACAAGACAAUGAGUAUGGCAACUUCUCCCAUCUUGGAGACUGUGAUGGUGUCAUACAGCAGAGUCUGCUGAUCGAGCCGGAGAGCCUGGUCUCCAUCAACCUGCUGGUGGCGUCUGCAGUCUCAGCCUUCACCAUCGGUGCGGCGCUCUCGGGCCUGGCUGUCUGCUGGAUUAUGGCCCACAAGCCCGGAAACCGUCGCCAUGGCAACAACACCCCCAGUCCACCAUCCAGCGCCAGGAGAGGGGGGAUAUUGACAUCAGGAGGAGGGAUGGGGGGAUCGGUCCUCAGUGUGACCCGUCAGGGAGGAGGGGAUAGACCCUGCUCUCAGGGCGGCGAGACACUGUUUGUGAUGCCCAACGGCUGGGGGAAGUCAGGGGAGCUGGACCCAGGGUUCCUGCCUACUCCGGAGCACACGCCCCAGCAGAAAAGACGCGGGCUCAGGCUGUCUGAUUCUGGAUCAGGGGGGUGGGAUAACAGUCAGACCUACCUGGGAGGGAGUACCAUGGGGCUGGCGUCUCCCUGCCCUCUCCCUUGUCCCCCACACCCCUCCACCGCUGUCUACCUGACCACCAGACUAUUCCAGGGGGGAGGAGGAGGGAGGCACGGGGGUGAGGAGCGAGGAAGAGGAGGGGAGACGCCUCGCCAGCACUAUGUGUGCCUGAGCAAGCCCCGGGGGGAGAAGGGCAGGAGUGGGACACCAAAGUCGGCACUUCGUAAGUCGGCAGGGGAGUACGUGUACCCCAUGACCCCCCAGGACUCUCCGGAUAGGAGGAGGGUGGUGUCAGCCCCCAGCGCCCCUAUGGAGUUUGGGGAACCCCUGCCAAUCCGCUGGCCUCCCCAGGAAGGCUACAUCCUCAGCAGCCAGGGCAUGGUCCCUGUACCUCCAUCCUCUAUGCCCCUCCCCAACGGCCAGCAGUACGUGGCCCAGCACCACACCCCCGGGCCGGGCAGGGCUCAGCUGAGAGGGGCCCUGGGGAGAGGGAGAGCUGGGGGAGCUGGUGGAUCUCAGCCAGCUGCUGAGUAA